UCGAAAUGUGCGCGUGUCGACAGAAAAAGGCAUCGUUUCUUAUAGAAGAUAUACUAGAAAAUAAAAAAGUGAUUAAAGAAAAUGAAAGAGAAAUCAGUAAAACUAGAACUGAUGAUGUACUUCAAACGAAAUUCAACGUUAUGACAGAAGUAAAAAAUGAUCUAGAUGCGGUUAAGUUGAGGGUUAAUCUCGAACAGAGAAGAAAUACAUACCCGUUGUAUCCGAUGCCGGUAAAGGCCAAUAUGCCGUGGCCGAUGUACAGAAUGAAAGGGUAUGAGGUUCCGCAGCAGUCUAUGAAUUUCUAUAGCGAACCAGUAUUAAAUUCUGACCAUAUUUUGCGGAGUCAGUUGUCGGUGAACAGAUUUCUGACACCAUAUAGUGUUCGGCAUCCAUACAACUUCGAUCGGGGAGUUUGUUGUAACGGUUGGUGGGGCGUUGGCGGCAGACGGAAGGGGGGGCAGGUGAGGUUCAGUGCUGCGCAAACCGGAGCCCUGGAGCGCCGGUUCAGUGCCAGCAAAUAUCUCAGUCCGGAUGAGAGGAGAGCGCUUGCAGCCUCACUCAGAUUGAGUGACAGGCAGGUGAAAACAUGGUUUCAAAAUCGUCGCGCAAAAUGGAGGAGGACCACAUCCGAAUGCAAUGACCCUGGCAGUCCACCUUCACCAGAUGAAGGUUCAGAUGAUGAUGUGCAAGUCUCGGAAGAGGUCUGACUCUAUUAAAGGACUUUCAGAUAUGAAGAAAACGUAUUAACUUUAAUGUAACCUUUUUCCGCGAGGACGCAGUUUCUUGGUUGAAAUUUACUUGCACAAUAAUAUGUUGAACAACUGCAAGCAUAACAAAAGAAGACGAGAUCACGAAUUAUAAAAUCCCUAAGAGAUACAAGAAUAGAAAUGAUUUGCAAAUGUUAGACUAGCGGAAAACUCGGGGUAGUAAAAUAAACAUAAAAACCAGCCUACCAAAACUCUUUAAGAAAAAAGCGAUUCACUCGAUUGUAUGAAACGUCUUGUAAAAAACACAUUAAUCCGUUACGUUUUAAGCAACUGUUCGCUUACAAACUUAGCCGGAUUAUACUUUGUCGCCAAUCGCCAUACUGUAAUUACUUCUAUUAAUUCAAAGUUAUGUCAAAUGACUGCACGUUUCAUACUAUUUACCUACUUUGCACACAUAAUCUAUCCUGCCGGUUAAAUUAUGGGGGCAAAGAAGCCACUGAACAUCUGUAAAGACACAGCAGGAUAGAAAAGAAAAGCGAAUCUAUUGUUACUGUAACUGAUUUUAAUUGACAAGUCGUAAACAGUCACACACGCUUCUAAUUAGGUCCAUAGUAUUUUGAAUAUUAUACCACUGGCUAACGCUCACAUUGACAAAAUUUGUCACGCACUAUCGGGCUGCCGAGUAGUGUAUACGAUAGAAACAAUUACAUGGUAUACGGGGGAAGCUUAUCACUGACGAUGAUGAUUAAGGAUUGGUCUCCUAUUUUAUGCCGUACGCGACGUCUAGCGUUAGCGUCAACGUUCAAUUCCGUGGCUUCCAACGUCUGGACGCAACGCACAGCGUCGGCGGUCAAUACGUCUGGCGUGACGCAGGUGGCUCAGUGGCUACUCGCGAGCGGUCGCGAUGAUUUUUAUGAUUAUAUCACUUUUAUCAUACACUGCAUUAUAAGAUUUUACUGAUUCAAUCAACAACUCUUAUUUGCCUUUAUCAAACCUCAUCAAUUUGUGUGACGCAAGCGACGACCUUCACGCUGCUGGUUCGAAAUGACUAGAGACGCGGCGCACGGUGUUCGGAUGCCGCGUACGGCGUCAACAAUUCAACACGCAAGCGUCGACGUGUGAAAGAGACAAUAAAGUACAUUUAUAUAGUAAGCAUGGUGACGCAGCGUACGGCGUGACGAGACGUCGCGUACGUAAUAGGAGACCAUAGCCUAAGUGAACCACUACAACUUUUGAUCUCCUAUUCUUUAAAUAUAAUAAGAAAUAUUUUUUUAGGAUGUGAGUAAAUGAGCACAUGAUAUCUGUACGGUACCACCAUGAGUAACAAGGUUUUAUUUACUCAUAUGACGGUACGGCAUGUAAUAUGAUGUAAGUCGUUACGCAUCAUAAAAAGACCGGAGGCGUAUCAUACAACCUUGCUUGCUUCCAACCUAGCUUGGCCAUCCUAGACUUUAAAUGUACUUAAUGGUAAUUAAUAUUUCGUCGCAAACCGUUAAAAUCAAUGCCGAAAUAAAAAGAAUUAUACAUUUGUAGGUAAUAGGUAAAUAAUAAGUGGACCAUGUUCUAUGUUUUUAGAUUAUAAGAACAUAUUAUAUUAUAUUGUUGUAUAAUUUUCAUUUUCUAAUGUAUAAUAAUGUUUGUUUAUGAAUGUUACGUAUGAUGUGUUCGUUAGACAAAUCCGACUACCUACUUUGUAAAUAAACUGCCUA